UAGACAGUGAAAGUGAAAGUCAGUCUCCAUUUUGUGUGGAGGGGAAAAUACAGCAUUUCAAGAGUAAAAACACAGGUUUGAUUUAACACACCGAUAUUGGAGUGAAGUAAACGUGUGUCCUGCUGUAAUCUGGAGAAGGAGACAUGACCUCCAACAUGAGUGUGUCUGAAAAACAGGACUUAAAGAGAGACGAGAGAAUGAUGGAAGGAAAGAGAUCAGACUCACCAGAACCCAGCUGUGUGUCCAUGAAGAGUGACUGGUCAAUGGAGCAACCACUUACCUUCAGAGACGGAGCCAGUUCUCCUGAUGUGAGACCCCAACAGAAGAAAUCAAACCUCAGCAGAAAUCAGUUGGACUCCAUAUUCAAGGAGCUGGAACACAAAGUCAUCACUCUGAUGAAGAAUGAGCUGAAGAGGUUCAGGAAGCUCCUGAGUCCAGAUUACCCAGCAUGCACUGAGAGGGAGGUGGACGAUGAGGAGGAUCUGCACAGUGUCAGAGACGGAGCGCUGAAGAUCACACUGCACGUCCUGAAGAACAUGAACCACACAGAUCUCGCUAACACACUGCACAACAAACUCGCCUCUGUGUAUCAGACUAAGCUGAAAUCCAGCCUGAGAGAGAAGUUUAAAAGAAUUAAUGAAGGAAUCUCACAGCAUGGAAGCUCAGCACUUCUGAAUGAGAUCUACACAGAGCUCUACAUCACAGAGGGUUGGAGUGGAGACGUCAAUAAUGAACAUGAGGUGAGACAGAUUGAGACAGCGUCCAGGAGACCAGCAGCACAGGAGACACCCAUCAAAUGUAACGAGCUCUUUAAAGACAAGUCCAUCAGAAGAGUGCUGACUAAAGGAGUUGCUGGAAUUGGAAAAACAGUCUCUGUGCAGAAGUUCAUUCUGGACUGGACUGAAGGAAAAGCAAAUCAGGACGUCACCUUCAUGUUUCCACUUCCCUUUAGAGAGCUGAAUCUGAUGAAGCAGAAACAUCUCAGUCUGAUGGAUCUUCUUCAUCACUUUUUCCCUGAAAUGAGAGAACUACAAUUAAUAGACUGUGACUCCUACAAAGUGGUGUUGAUCUUUGAUGGUCUGGAUGAGUGUCGACUUCCUCUAAAUUUCCAGAAGAAUGAGAGACUGUGUGAUGUGACAGAGUCGGCCUCAGUGGAUGUGCUGCUGAUGAACCUCAUCAAGGGGAAUCUGCUUCCCUCUGCUCUCCUCUGGAUAACCUCUCGACCAGGAGCAGCCAGUCAGAUCCCUCCUGAGUGUGUAGACCAGGUAACAGAGGUACGAGGGUUCAGUGAUCCUCAGAAAGAGGAGUACUUCAGGAAGAGGAUCAGUGAUCAGAGCCUGGCCAAUAAAAUCAUCUCACACAUGAAGUCUUCAAGAAGCCUCUACAUCAUGUGCCACAUCCCAGUCUUCUGCUGGAUCUCAGCCACUGUUCUAGAGAGAAUGUUGGGUGAAGCAGAGAGUGGAGAGAUCCCUAAGACUCUGACUCAAAUGUUCACACACUUCCUGAUCUUUCAGAUCAAACACAAGGACCAAAAGUACCAUCAGAAAUGUGACCCUGAUCCUCAGCAGACCAGAGAGAGUAUCCUGGCACUGGGAAAACUGGCUUUCCAACAGCUGGAGAAAGGAAACCUGAUCUUCUAUGAGGAAGACCUGAGAGAGUGUGGCAUUGAUGUCGGAGAAGUGUCAGUGUACUCAGGAGUGUGUACCCAAAUCUUCAGAGAGGAGUUUGGGCUUCACCUGGGGAAGGUGUUCAGCUUUGUACAUCUGAGUGUGCAGGAGUUUCUGGCUGCUUUAUAUGCAUUUUUCUGCUUUAUUUUUAGAAAGACAAAUGUGUUGGUGGAGCAAAGCACUGGACAUUCUAAUUUCUUCAGAAAGUCAGACAUGUCUGAUCUCCUCAGGACUGCAGUGGACAAGGCCUUACAGAGUGAGAACGGACACCUGGACCUGUUCCUCCGCUUCCUUCUGGGUCUCUCACUGGAGUCCAAUCAGACUCUCUUACAAGGCUUAAUGCCCCAGACAGGAAGCAGCUCUCACAGCAAACAGGAAACAGUCAAGUACAUCAAGAAGAAGAUCAGGGAGAAUCCAUCUCCAGAGAAAUCCAUCAAUCUGUUCCACUGUCUGAAUGAACUGAAUGAUCAUUCUCUAGUGCAGGAAGUACAGACUUACCUGAACAGAGAAGGUCUCGGUCGUCUCAGGGGAACCAGACUCUCUCCUGCUCAGUGGUCAGCUCUGGUGUUUGUGUUACUGAACUCAGAUCAGGAGCUGGAUGAGUUUGAUUUGAGUAAAUAUGACCGAUCAGAGGAAUGUCUUCUGAAGCUGCUGCCAGUGGUCAAAGCCUCCAGAAGAGCUGAGCUGCGUGUGUGUAAACUGACAGAAGAAAGCUGUAGAGUUCUGUCCUCAGUUCUCAGAUCAAACUCCUCCAGACUGAGAGAACUGAACCUGAGUGACAAUAAACUGCAGGAUUCAGGAGUGAAGCUGCUCUCUGCUGGACUGGAGAAUCCACACUGUACACUGGAGAUACUGAGUCUGUGGCGGUGUAAUCUGACAGAGGAAAGCUGUAGAGUUCUGUCCUCAGUUCUCAGAUCAAACUCCAGACUGAGAGAACUGAACCUGAGUCACAAUAACCUGCAGGAUUCAGGAGUGAAGCUGCUCUCUGCUGGACUGGAGAAUCCACACUGUACACUGGAGACACUGAGGCUGUGUGUGUGUAAACUGACAGAGGAAAGCUGUAGAGUUCUGUCCUCAGUUCUCAGAUCAAACUCCUCCAGACUGAGAGAACUGGACCUGAGUGACAAUAACCUGCAGGAUUCAGGAGUGAAGCUGCUCUCUGCUGGACUGGAGAAUCCACACUGUACACUGGAGACACUGAGGCUGUGUGUGUGUGAUCUGACAGAGGAAAGCUGUAGAGUACUUUCCUCAGUUCUCAGAUCAAACUCCUCCAGACUGAGAGAACUGGACCUGAGUAACAAUAACCUGCAGGAUUCAGGAGUGAAGCUGCUCUCUGCUGGACUGGAGAAUCCACACUGUACACUGGAGACACUGAGGCUGUGUCGGUGUAAUCUGACAGAGGAAAGCUGUAGAGUUCUGUCCUCAGUUCUCAGAUCAAACUCCUCCAGACUGAGAGAACUGGACCUGAGUUACAAUAACCUGCAGGAUUCAGGAGUGAAGCUGCUCUCUACUGGACUGGAGAAUCCACACUGUACACUGGAGAUACUGAGGCUGUGGGGUUGUAAUCUGACAGAGGAAAGCUGUAGAGUUCUGUCCUCAGUUCUCAGAUCAAACUCCUCCAGACUGAGAGAACUGGACCUGAGUCACAAUUAUAACCUGCAGGAUUCAGGAGUGAAGCUGCUCUCUGCUGGACUGGAGAAUCCACACUGUACACUGGAGAUACUGAGGCUGCAUGUGUGUAAACUGACAGAGGAAAGCUAUAGAGUUCUGUCCUCAGUUCUCAGAUCAAACUCCUCCAGACUGAGAGAACUGGACCUGAGUUACAAUAACCUGCAGGAUUCAGGAGUGAAGCUGCUCUCUGCUGGACUGGAGAAUCCACACUGUACACUGGAGACACUGAGGCUGUGUGUGUGUAAUCUGACAGAGGAAAGCUGUAGAGUUCUGUCCUCAGUUCUCAGAUCAAACUCCUCCAGACUGAGAGAACUGGACCUGAGUGACAAUAACCUGCAGGAUUCAGGAGUGAAGCUGCUCUCUGCUGGACUGGAGAAUCCACACUGUACACUGGAGAUACUGAGUAUGUGUUACUGCAGGAUUACAGAUGAAGGUUGUGCUGCUCUGGCUUCUGCUCUGAGGUCAAACUCCUCAUCACACCUGAGAGAACUGAAUCUGAACGAUAAUAAUCCAGGAGAAUCAGGAGUGAAGCUGCUCUCUGAUCUACUGAAGGAUCCACACUGUAACCUGGAGACACUACACAUUAAGGAUAAUAAACUCACCAGGACUGGCGUAUGACAGGAGUCUCACCUCAAACCUCUUCUCCAGGAUACUGCAGUCUUGGUGAAGAGUUAGAACCCGUCCCACAUUUCCAGCAGUUUGGGAGCUGAAUCAUUAAACUUAAAGGGGCAGAGCAGAAACAAAGUCAAGAACAGGCAGAAGGUCAUACACAGGAGAAAUCAACACACGUAACCAAAUAUCUGCUGUACAAAGCAACGGCACCGAUCUGCCCCGGGGAUGGAGACUGACGAGACUUAACCCUCUUACCCCUAAGUUCCCACAGUAUUAUGUCCCAUAACCCUAUAUUCCCCAGAGAAGCAGCACGCCAACCCCGAGUUCCUGGGCCAAAAUCAACAUUUUAAUUUGAACAUUUUUAGGCCUUGAAACAACUUAUAAUGUAUUUGUGUAAUAUUACUUUGAAAAUGAAGCAGUUCAGUGUUUUUACUAAACUUAGAGCACAAUUCUUAACUAGAGAAAUGACGAAAAAUGCUCGCUAAAAUCCUUCUACUCAUUUAGAAGUACCAUACGAGCAUCAGCGUGGUCAAUGCCUUUAUAAAUAAUAAAUAAAUAAAUGCA